AUGGUAUUGGUUUAUGUCGAUGAUAUCAUAGUCAUUGGAAGUGACUCCAGGGAACUUAAUCAUUUCAUUGCAAAGUUAAACAAGACCUUUUCUCUAAAGGAUCUUGGAGCACUGAAUUAUUUUCUUGGGAUUGAAGUGUUUCGAGAUAACACUGCAGGGAAAACUCUGUCUCUGCAUGAUGGAACACCAUUGUCUCAGCCAACUCUGUACAGAAGCAUCAUUGGGGCACUGCAAUACCUCAGCCACACUAGACUAGAUAUCUCCUUUGCCGUUAAUAAGCUCAGCCAGUUCCUAAAACAACCUACUGAUGUGCAUUGGGGAGCUGCUAAACACAUCUUAAGAUACCUAAAAGGUACUAUCCAUCAUGGUCUUCACAUUGCCCCAAGUGAUAGACUCUCUCUAAUUGGUUUCUCCGAUGCUGACUGGGCUUGCUGCCCAGACGAUCGAAAGUCAGUUGCAGGGUACUGUGUCUAUUUUGGUGAAUCCUUAAUCUCCUGGUCCUCUAAGAAACAAACGGUAGUAGCUCGAUCUAGUACCGAGUCGGAGUACAGAGCCUUAGCUCUAUUAGCAGCUGAAUUGGCAUGGUUACAAAGCCUACUCGCUGAGAUGAGAUUUGAAAUGUCAAAUAUCUGGUGUGAUAACUUAAGCGCUAGUGCUUUGGCUAACAACCCUGUUUAUCACGGAAGAACAAAACACAUCGAGCUCGAUGUGCACUUUGUAAGAGACAAGAUUCUGCAGAAGCAACUUGAAAUUCGGUAUGUACAUUCACAUGAUCAAAUUGCGGACUGCUUGACAAAGGGGCUCACUCCAACUAGAUUUGGUGUCAACAAACUCAAUGUUGUUCCCUCACCAUUUUGUUUGAGGGGUGGAGUUAAAGAAAAUGAAUCAAGCCAUAAUGAUGAUGCUAAUGAUGGCUGCACUAAUGACAAUGAGGCAAUCAAUGAAUGA